UGUACUAUACUCGCAGAGGCGGGUGUGCGAGCGCGGGGUGACCUCAGCAUCCCCAGGAUUCGGCCUCGUCCGAGAGAGGAUGGCUUCCAGGUUCCGGACCUCAGUGACCUUCCAGGAUGUGUCUGUGGAGUUCACCCGGGAGGAGUGGAGGCGCCUGGAGCCGGCCCAGAGGGCCCUGUACCAGGACGUGAUGCUGGAGAACUUCCAGAACCUGGUCUCUGUGGGGGUCCCGGUCUCCAAUCUGGAUAUUCUCUUCUUGUUGGAGAGAAAAGCAGCAGCUCAGAGGCCCAGAGAAGGAGGCCCCACGAGUCUUUGUCCAGAUUUUUGGAGUCAGGAGAUGAAGUUUAAGCUGCAGAACUUAAGUAUGAUACAGCAUAAUUGCCUAGAAGCGUCAUCCAAGAAAAGAGUGCCAGAGCAUCAGCAUGAGCAAUCCAAGAGGAGAGAAGCCAAGGAACGUGGUGUUCAUUUUGUAAAAAAGACGAACACCCUCAUGAGUCGGUCCAGAACCAUCACUCGUAGGAAAGCUUUUAAGAGGACUGUGCCUCUUUGUAGUACUUUGGGGAGAAAUCUGAAUUUGGGUCUGGGUUUUCAUGCCUUAUGGAGAGGAGUUAUGAGGGAAAACCUCCAUAAACUUAGAAAAAACUUUAGGGAUUUUCCAAAUUCACUUGCAUGUAAGAAAUCCUCCUUCAGAAAGAUCUUUACUACCUCUAGCACAUACAGGAAACCCUUUUGUUACCACUCAGACUUAGUUAAAUUUCACAGGGUGCGUUUUGGGGAAAAGUUACAAGAAGCCAGUGAAUGUGGAAACACUUUUGGCAGAAGGUCAAAAGUCACUGGACAGCUAAGAAUUUGUAUGGGGAAAAAAUAUAAAUGUAAUAAUUAUAGGAAAGCCUUCUUGGAAAGCUUGACUAAACAGAAGGGAGUUAAUAUUCAGAUUAAGCCUUUUAAAAGUAAUGAGGGAGGGAAAUCCUUGAGGCAAAGAGGACGUCUUCUUACCCAUCAGAGAACUCAUAUGGUGGAAAAACAAUUUGAAUGUAGCGAAUGCAGGGAAAGCUUCAGCCAAAAAGCAGACCUCCUUCGACAUCAGGGCACUCACAUGGCAGGAAAGCUUUUUGAAUGUAAUGAAUGUGAGAGGGGUUUCAAUCGGAAGGAAAACCUUCUUGCCCAUCAGAGAACUCACAGCGGAGUAAAACCCUUUGAAUGCAGUGAGUGCGGAAAAGGCUUCAGCCGGAAAGGGAACCUCAUCUCCCAUCAGAGAACUCACACCCGAGACAAACCCUUUGCAUGUGACGAAUGUGGCAAAGGUUUUAGCUGGAAGGCGAACCUCGUCACUCACCAGAGAAUCCACACUGGAGCCAAGCCCUUUGAGUGUAAGAAGUGUGGGAAAGCCUUCAGCCAGAGGGGCCGCUUUAUUGACCACCAGAGAAUCCACACUGGGGAAAAGCCCUUUGAGUGCAACGAGUGUGGGAAAGACUUCACCCGGAGGGAAAACCUUGUUUCCCACCAGAGAACUCACACGAGGGUGAAGCCCUUUGUGUGCCCCGAGUGUGGGGUGGACUUCAGCUGGCGCUCGGGCCUGAUCACCCACCAGAGGACCCACACAGGUGUGAAGCCCUUCGAAUGCACGGAGUGCGGGAAGGGCUUCCGGCAGAGGGGCCACCUGGUCACCCACCAGAGAACGCACUCCGAGGUAAAGCCCUACGGGUGCGCCGAGUGCGGGAAGACCUUCCGCGACAAGGGGCACCUCCUCAAACACCAGGUCACCCACACCGGGGCAAAGCCCUUUGCCUGCAGCGAGUGUGGAAAGGCCUUCAGCUACCGGAGCUACCUGGCCGAUCACCAGAGGAUUCACACCGGAGAGAAACCCUUUGAGUGUGAGGAAUGUGGAAAAUGUUUUAACCGCAAGGGAAAUCUCAUUUAUCACCAGAGGAUUCACACUGGAGAGAAACCCUUUGACUGCAGUGAAUGUGGUAAAUCCUUUAUCACAAAGCGAACGCUUACUGGACAUCAGAGAACUCACACUGGAGUCAAACCCUUUGAAUGUAGUGAAUGCGGGAAAUCCUUCAGUAAGAAACAAAGCCUUAUUAAACAUCAGAAAAAUCAUCCUGGAGUCAAAGCCUUUUGAAUGUAAAAUGUGGGAGAAGUUUCAAGCCGAAGGCAUAAUUCUUAUCAAAAAGCUAACAGAAUUUUGAAGUCAUUGGACGUAGAAAAGGCCUAAGUUAGAAGGGGUGCUUUUAAAAGACAUUUAAGAACUGGAAUUGGGAUACUUUGAAGGUUUUAAAUGUUUCGAAGGACAGGGCGUACCAGAGUAGUGGAGUAAUCGGAGAAUGACUAAACAAAUGGUGACAUAAAUAAAAUGGAACAUUAUGGCAUUGUUGAGUAGGAAAGAAUUUAAAGAAAUAGAGGAAAACUUGUGAACUGAUACAUAAUGAAGUAAACAGGAAAACACCCUACUCAGUAACAAUAAAAAUUUUAGUGGGAAGAGCCUUCAGAAAUCAGACCUGGGAACUGUAUUAUCCCCUACCCACCCGGGCCUUGGAAAAUGACAAACUGUAACUUCUUCCUUUCUUUGCAGUCGUGUGCUAUUCCUGAUGUGGAGCCUUGCAUUUACUCUGUAUUUUUUGAUGGCUUGCUUGGCUUUUAUGCCCUGAUUUCUUUUCUCUCUAGUUAUUAUAAGAGCUGGCUCUGGUUGUAGAAACAGAAAGGGUAUUUUUGGAAAUAAAGAUGGUCUACCAUCUAGUAAAUGUGUUUCUUAAUUAAUAAAUUACUGAGUAUGCUGGAUUUAAUUUAAUUCUAGUCAUCUAAGUUGAGUAGUGGAUAGAGGACUGAACUUCAAGUUGGGAAAACUUCAGUUUAGAUCUUCAAAUAGUUAUUAGUUCUGUGAUUUCAUGUUAAUUAUCUUUUCUCAGCUCCACUUUCAUCUGUAAAAUGGGGAUAAUAAGAGCUUUUAUCUCACAGAGUAUCUGAUAAGUGUAAAGUGCUUUGCAAACCAUAAAAGUAAAUGCUAACUACUGUGUUUUUAUGAUAGGAUUUCUCAAUUGGUAAAACAGAGAAAUGUGAAAAAGUCAGAGAUGCAAAAAUAAAAUGACAAAAAUAAAAAUAGAUCCUAAAUAGUUUGGAUAGUUAACUGCAAAAGAUUGUUAUUAAUGAUUUUAUGUUAUAUUGGCAGCCCUGCAGUAAAGUGGUCCAAGUCCUUGAGCUGCUUGAAUAUUGGUAAAGACAAAUGCCAUGUUCAUCAGAUCUGGGCCUGUAAACAUCCUGGAUGAUGAGUCAGGAUCCAUUAAGGUCCACAUCCACACUCCAGAAUAUUUUAUGGAACUUCAAAGUUUGAGUAUUGUAGGAAUAAAGAAUAAGGAUUAUUUGAAUUUUUAAAAAAAAUCUUUUAAAUUCCAAUAUUGGAUAGUGUGGAUUCAUAAUAAUUUGAAAAAAAAAAUGUGGUUUUUUGGGGGGGCAGACUAGAGCACCUGGACAGCUAAAACAUGUAAUAAUGUAAAGUGUUUUAGAGGAAUGGUUUCCAGGAGUAAAGAGGCAACAAUCCUAUUGUACUCUGUCUUGGUCAGACCACAGUUAGAAUAUUUGUUUUCAUUCUGGACAAGUUUUAAGGUGGUGAAGGGUUUUAGGUCCAUGCCAUAUGAACAUCAUCUGGUCACAAGUUUGCAGAUAUUUAACCUAGAGAAGAUUUGGGGGAAAAUUAUAGCUGUCUCUGGCAUGUGAUAGGUUAUGUGCAAGAGGCAGUAAAUUUGUUAAGGUUGACUCCAAAGGAGCAAAAUUGAGUAUAAUCCUUUAGGGGAAAAAUGGAUGUUUAACGACUUUCAAAUAUUCCUGCUUGAGGGAGAAAAAUUGACUUUCAAAUACAAGAUUCAAGAAGAGCAUAAAAAGGUAAACAGGAAAGAGAAAUCUUCUGAGACUCAGUAAGGUUAAAUGGUUUACAUUUUUGCAUGGAAAUAUGAUGCUUCUAAUUCCCAAGAACUUUAUCAUCAUUAGGACAUUUAGAAAUAAAGACAGGCCAUGGGUAUGAGUUAACUGUGAUGGGAUGAUAUCUAAAUAAAAUUAGGGGGGUGAAUAAUAAAAAGGGAUGAUUGUGAAGGGAACGUUACUUAAAAAAAUAAAUUAAGGGGCAAGAAAGAUAUGCUGGGAGAAGGGGAAGGUAGAUUGAGGGUAAAUUAUCUUACAUGAAAGGUACAAAAGAGUUUUUAUAGUGAAGAGAAAGAUGGGGGUGGUGGAGGGAGUAGUGCUUGAAUCAUUAGAAUUCACUCAAAAAGGGAGUAACAUGCACUCGGUUGGGCAGAAGAAAGCAGGAGGGGAAGGGAUGAGAAGGGACCUGAUAGAGGAUAAAUUUGGGGAGAAGCAAAACACAUAAGGGAUUGAAAGGAGAGAAAAGAAUAAACAAGAAAAUAGGAUGGAGGAAAAUUCACA